AUGGCAAGGUAUACGCCCCUCCCGCCCGGAUGGGAGCAGAGCAUUGUACUGUCCGACGAUGUUACUCAUGCAAGGUUGCGCAAGAUGUACGGAGCUGCCUUUACGUCCAAAGCUCUGGAAGAGCAAUCCGGCUUGCUAUUGAGAUAUGCCAAUCUUAUGAUUGCCCAACUCAAGGUCGCUCUUCAGCAGGAUCCCACGCAAGAUGUGUCGGCGUGGUAUAACUUUGUGACCUUCGACUUGACGGGAGAGUUCGCCUUCGGCGAAGCAUUCAACUGCCUGGUCUCGGGUGGGCAAUAUCACUUCUUCAUGAAGACAGUAUUUGAAGGCGUCGUGGUUGGGCUGCAGCUUGGUGCCUUGCAGAUAUAUGGCGUGAUGACACUAUUGGAACCAUUCAUUCCGAGGUCUGUGAUGAAGCCGAAAGAAGACAUGGAUAACUACGCACAAGCCCUUGUGGACAAGCGAGCUGAGCGAGGAUAUGACCCGAAUGUUGUCGAUGUUAUGAACUACCUACUGCAACAGAAGGAGCAAGAAGGCGAGCUCAGCCGAGAAGCUCUCCACGAGAACGGCAUUGCGCUCGUGGUAGCUGGCGCCGAGACCACGGCAACUUUACUCACGGCGACAACGUACUUCCUUUGCAGAAACCCAGACACACUGAAGAAGGUGCAGCAGGAAGUCAGGUCAGCCUUCAAGUCGGACGAGGAGAUCGAUGUACGAUCCGUCAACAAUCUGCCGUACAUGAUCGCGGUUUUGUCCGAGGGUCUGCGUGUCUUCCCACCAUCGCCAUGGGGCUUUGUGAGGAGGAUAGCAAGUAAGGCCGGUCAGGAUGUGGCGGGUAACUACGUUCCUCACAAUGCUCGUGUGUCCAUCACCCAUCAUGCAGCUUACCGCUCAGAGACCAACUUCGCUCGCCCGAAUGACUUCGUACCAGAGCGUUGGAUGUCUGAUGUUCCAGCAGAAUUCAAGAACGAUCGACGAGAUGUGCUACAGCCAUUUAUGGUAGGCCCUCGAGGCUGUAUUGGAAAAGGCCUUGCGUAUGCUGAGAUGCGGCUUCUUCUUGCUAAGAUGCUCUGGCACUUUGACUUCGAGCUUGCUGAUGAUAGCUUGGAUUGGUAUUCGACGUGUAAGCCGUACAUGGUAUGGGAGAAGGGUCCUCUGAAGGUCCGAUUGACGCCUGUACAGCGUUGA